AUGGAGGAGCACCGCACCUUGAUGGGUGCGGUGGUGGAGAAGGCUUCCCUGUUGGCGGUGACCGCCCAGGCCGCAGAAGUUUCCGAACUCAAUCGAAAGCUUCAAGUGGCCGAUGAAGAAAUUGAUCGCAUCAAUAAGCGGUUCGACGACACGCAAGUGAGUGUGAAUGAGGUCGAGACCCUCAGAGGCGCCCUCGCCCAAGCCCAAAAAGAGGCGGAGGCUAAUAAGGCAGGCGCUGAUAAGGCGGCUGCAGAACUGUCGAACAAGCAGGCUGCCCGCCGCCAACACGAAGCUCGGGUGGCCGAAGUCGACCAGGAGCUAAAAGAUGCCAUCGGCAAAUGCGAAGCUCUGGAGGAGAAGACUUCGGCCCAGUCAGCCGACCUCGCCAUGGCUCUCCAAGAUGCCAAGGAGGCGCGGACCGAGUCCCAAGGUGCUCGCGAAGAGAUCCAUCAGCGAUCGAUUAGCAGAGGUUCUGCAGGGAAUAGUAGUAGGAAUUCUUUCAACCUCUCCUUUGGGCUUCCUGGCGCAGUUGAAUUGCCUGAAGGAAAUGAUACACAUGGGGAGAAUCAUACAGAGCAGGAUGGUGAGGUUCCAAAGAAAGCUCCUAUGGGACGGCUGGCACUUCUUAAUAAACCAGAGGUACUUAUUAUUCUGUUAGGAUCCCUAGCUGCAGCAGUUCACGGAGUGCUUUUCCCAAUGUUCGGUGUGAUGAUUUCCAGUGCCAUUAAAACUUUCUAUGAGCCACCAGAUAAACUCAGAAAGGAUUCUAGCUUUUGGGGUUUGAUGUGUGUGGUGCUGGGUAUCAUUUCGAUAAUCUCAAUACCCGCAGAGCUCUUCUUGUUUGGAAUAGCCGGAGGGAAGCUUAUAGAGCGUAUCCGUGCUAUGUCAUUUCGAAGCAUUGUGCACCAAGAAGUCGCUUGGUUUGAUGAUCCUAAAAAUUCCAGCGGAGCACUUGGUGCAAGACUGUCAGUUGAUGCUUUGAAUGUACGGCGUUUAGUGGGAGAUAACUUGGCCUUAACGGUUCAGAUUAUCUCUACACUUAUCACAGGGUUUGUCAUUGCUAUGAUAGCUGACUGGAAGCUCUCUUUGAUCAUCCUCUGUGUGAUUCCAUUAGUGGGCCUUCAAGGUUAUGCCCAAGUGAAGUUCUUGAAGGGUUUCAGUCAAGAUGCCAAGAUGAUGUAUGAAGACGCAAGUCAAGUGGCCACUGAUGCAAUUAGUAGUAUUAGGACCGUCGCUUCAUUUUGUUCUGAGAAAAGAAUUACAAGAAUAUAUGAUGAUAAAUGUGAAGCCUCAAUGAGUCAAGGAGUCAGAACAGGAAUAGUUGGAGGCAUCGGAUUUGGUUUCUCAUUCUUGAUGCUGUACCUUACAUAUGGUCUUUGUUUCUAUGUUGGAGCACAAUUUGUGCGCCAUGGCCAAUCAAGUUUUGGUGAUGUUUUCAAGGUUUUCUUUGCACUGGUUUUAGCAACUAUUGGAGUAUCUCAAACAAGUGCAAUGGCCACCGAUUCAACAAAAGCAAAAGAGUCAGCUAUUUCCAUAUUUGCUUUAUUGGACCGAAAGUCUGAAAUAGACUCAAGCCGCAAUGAGGGUUUGACAUUAGAUGAGGUCAAGGGCAACAUCGAUUUCCAGCAUGUCAGCUUCAAGUACCCAACCCGCCCAGAUAUUCAGAUCUUCAGUGACUUUACCCUGCACAUUCCCUCUGGCAAGACUGUUGCCCUUGUUGGAGAGAGUGGUAGCGGCAAGUCAACGGUAAUUGCACUGUUGGAGCGAUUCUACAAUCCUGAUUCAGGCACCAUCUCAUUGGAUGGAGUGGAAAUCAAGAGCUUAAACAUCAAUUGGUUGAGGGAUCAAACGGGACUUGUGAGCCAAGAGCCUGUACUCUUCAAUGAUACAAUCCGUGCCAACAUAGCCUAUGGUAAGGAUGGGGAAGUUACUGAGGAGGAGCUCAUUGCAGCUGCAAAGGCAUCCAAUGCGCAUGAGUUCAUAUCAAGCCUUCCCCAAGGAUAUGACACCACAGUUGGGGAGAGGGGGAUACAGCUGUCGGGUGGCCAGAAGCAGCGAGUGGCAAUUGCAAGGGCCAUAUUGAAGGACCCUAAGAUACUACUACUUGAUGAGGCGACUAGUGCCUUGGAUGCUGAGUCCGAGCGAAUUGUGCAGGAUGCAUUAGACAAUGUGAUGGUCGGCAGGACCACGGUUGUUGUGGCUCACCGCCUCUCGACGAUCAAAGGUGCUGAUAUCAUUGCGGUUCUCAAGGAUGGUGCAAUAGUUGAGAAAGGAAGACACGAGGUGCUGAUGAACAUAAAAGAUGGGGUGUACGCUUCACUGGUAGAACUUCGAUCAGCGUCAUCAUAAUACCUAGGAUCAGUUUUGGUUCCGAUAUCUAUCCACAUUGUACAUCUUCCCCGACCACCUUUUGUUGCUGUUUCUGUAACUGUGCCGCAUUAUUCUUUGGGGCUUGAAGAGGAAUUCGAAAACUAGAAUGAAAAUUUAUUGUGUCAAUGUAGCGUAAGAUUGUAAUCAUUUAGAAGGAAAUCUUGUGCUUCUGAUUUUGAAA